CUCCCCUACAUCUCCACCCCAAACCCCGCCCCUCCUAGGGUUUAGCAAAGACUGUGACCCUCAAACUACAACUCCCAUCAAGCCGUGCGAGGACACGGAUCCACCGCCGGAAGUGGGGAAGGCUGGAUUCCGAUCCAGGAAAAGGAUAAAAUGUCUUUUGUAAAAGGAACUCCUAAGAAAGAGAUGAUAUCCCAGUUUCACUGUUUAGCUGCCGAAGGAGAUAUGGCCAAGUUGGCAGGGAUGCUCAGCCAUUCUCCGUCUCUUCUCAACGAAACGUCGGAAAAUGGCUGGACCGCUUUGAUGUACGCUGCCAGGAAUGGGCACCCCGACAUUGUCCAGUUCCUGCUUGACCAAGGGUGUGACAGAUCAGCUGUAAAUAAAUCGAGACAGACCGCCCUGGAUAUUGCUGUGUUUUGGGGUUAUAAACAUAUAGCUAACUUACUAGCUAUAGCUAAAGGUGGAAAGAAGCCUUGGUUUCUAACCAACGAAGUAGAAGAUUGUGAAAAUUAUUUUAGCAGGACACUGCUGGACCGGAAAAGUGAGAAAAGAACUAAUUCUGACUGGCUACUAGCUAAAGAAAGCCAUCCAGCCACCGUGUAUAUCCUUUUCUCUGAUUUAAAUCCCUUGGUCACUCUCGGUGGCAAUAAGGAAAGUUCUGAACAACCGGAAGUCAGGCUUUGUCAGCUGAGCUACACAGAUAUAAAGGAGUACUUAGCUCAGCCUGAGAAGAUCACCUUGAUUUUUCUUGGAGUAGAACUUGAGAUGAAAACAAAACUCCCGAAUUACACUGAAGGAGUCCCAGGAGAGGAAGAAGAUGGGUUGGUUGCCUGGUUUGCUCUGGGUAUAGAUCCUACUGCUGCUGAGGAAUUUAAGCAAAGACAUGAGAAUUGUUACUUUCUUCACCCUCCAAUGCCAGCUCUUCUGCAGUUGAAAGAAAAAGAAGCUGGGGUUGUAGCUCAAGCAAGAUCUGUCCUGGCCUGGCACAGUCGUUACAAGUUCUGUCCAACCUGUGGAAAUGCAACGAAAAUUGAAGAAGGUGGCUAUAAAAGAGUGUGCUUAAAGGAAGGCUGCCCCAGUCUUCACGGCGUUCAUAACACUUCUUAUCCAAGAGUUGAUCCAGUCGUAAUCAUGCAAGUGAUUCAUCCAGAUGGGACCAGAUGCCUUUUAGGCCGGCAGAAAAGAUUUCCCCCAGGCAUGUUCACUUGCCUGGCAGGAUUUAUUGAACCUGGGGAGACAAUAGAGGAUGCUGUUCGGAGAGAAGUAGAAGAGGAAAGUGGGAUCAAAGUUGGCCAUGUUCAGUAUGUCUCUUGUCAGCCAUGGCCGAUGCCCUCCUCCUUAAUGAUUGGUUGCUUAGCUGUGGCAGUGUCUACAGAAAUUAAAGUUGACAAGAAUGAAAUAGAGGAUGCCCGCUGGUUCACUAGAGAACAGGUGGUGGAUGUCCUGACCAAAGGGAACCAGCAGGCAUUCUUUGUGCCACCAAGUCGAGCCAUUGCACACCAGUUAAUCAAGCACUGGGUUGGAAUGAACCCCAGUCUGUAAACAGAAAACCAGGCUUUGCGUGCUCUCUGACACCUAAAACCAUGUGUUCAUUAAGCAAGAUUAGAAGUAAUGCUCUAAGAGUAUCAUAACAUGGAAGAUCAUGCUAGGGUUAUCCAAAUAUUUGUAAAGAUCUUAUCCUCAGAAUUCGUAUCUUUAUCAUUUUUUAAAAUCAUGGUCACAGUUUGUUAAAUCUGAUGUC